CUUAGUAGUCAAGCUCUUCUUCUACCAUCUUGAACUGCUCUUCCCCUUACUCUAUACACUUGAGAUCGUUGCUUGUCCAGACUCAAGGCAGCUCUCAAAUCAUCAGGAGGCUUCCAAAACCAAGAAGGAGGUAGUGAGUUAUGGAGUGCCAAGCGAGCUAAGGCAUGAGCACUCUGGUUUCCUGAUCUCCCCGUCCAGGUGAAACCCCAAUUGGGGAAAUUCCUCUUCCAAGCUGUAAGAACUGCUUCACGAAGAGCUAAAGCUUCAGCUAGGAUAGGCUUGGUUGUGAAGAACCGCUUGGUGGCUCCAAAGAUCUUCACAACCCUCACUCUCUUCAAUCGCCUCCUCCAUGGACACGGAAGGGUUAUCGUUAAUCUGCUGCGGCCUCGGAGUCGCCGCAGAGGACGACGACGGCAAUCGAAUCGGUUACAACAAGGGCGCACACUGUCUCGAUAAUCUGAAAGAUUUGCUGAGGUUUCUGAGGCGCGACGACCCGCAAUCGCGCGAUGUGUUUAAGCAAGUCUGCAAAUGGAACACCGUUUCCAAGGAUUUGAUACCCAUCAUUGAAUACUACCAUCAUGAUCGCAAUUUGCUUCUCAAUUCAGUGAAGAUUCUGGUGUUUCUUACUAUGCCGAUUGAGCCGGGUUCUACCGAUAUCCCUCAGCAGUUGGAUUAUCUUUGGGGUUUGAAGUCUGCUGUGACGACUAGUGAUGUUGCUGCGGUGAUUGUGUCGUUUCUGGAAAGACCACUUGAGAAUUUGGAAUGUGAUGCAUUUACAGAAGAUGAUUGGAAAUUGGUACAGCUAGUGCUUACAUUUUUUAGAAAUAUUCUAGCUGUUCAAGAAAUUCCGUUGCAUCAGAAGUCAGGAGGAUUUGCUUCUCAGUUGUUAUCAGUGAGAGAUAGGUUUCUGGAACUUCUUUUCAGUGAUAAUGUGAUGGAUAUAAUCCUGGUUAUAUCUCAAUAUGUUGGUGGUUCUAAUGCUUAUCUCAGUCAGGAUAACUUGCUUCUACUGGAAAUUUUCCAUUACAUUUUUAUGGGUCAGGACCCAGAGUUGAUAGUUAAGGCCCAUUUGAAUGGAACUAAGGUUAGCCGUGCUAGUGAUGAUGAGGCUGAUGAAAUACAUCAAGCCAAGGGCUCCCGAGAUUCUCUCCGUCUCCAGUCGAUUAUAGAUGAAGAAAAGAAGAGAAGAACCACUUGUAGGGUUGGCAACAUAAGUAGGCAUUCACAAUUCAGUGGAACAUUUACACGGGUUACCACGGAUGGUUCCAAGGCAGUAUUAAAGGGAAAUCCUAAUUCUUCUCAUAAUGUGCUGCUUAAAUCACAAAAUGUAACUCGGGGUCCUGCCAAAAAAAUUGCAUGGGAUCAUUCAAACUUGCCAUCAACAAACGAAAAGAUAUUGAAAUUGCUUCAUGGGUUUGUGAAUCAGUUUCUUUCUGGGGGAUACAAUGUUUUGAUGCGAUCCAUCCGAGAAGAUAUUGAAAAGGAACAUCCUGCAAUUCAAAAAAGUGAUGUUGUUGUUUUCUUUCAAGUGGCUGCAUUUGUCACUUCAUUUCAGUUUCACAAGUAUUCAUCUUCUAAGAACAAGGAGGGAGGGGACACAUUUGAGACUUUUAGUGAUAAAGAUGCUGAUACCUCAGAUUUCAGUGGUCAAAUAUGUGGCCCAAUUGCAGCAUCCCUGAAUGAGUCAAUGUUUCAGUUAGUCAUUUCAAAGUGGCGGCAUGCCUAUGAUGGUCUAAAGGAGACAAAUGACUACAAGUUUCUAUCUGCAGCUAGUUCUCUUUUGAAAAACAUGAUUCGCAUGCUGGAUUUGGUACUAAAAUUGUUGCCAGAAGACUCUAAGGAGCCACAAACAGCUCGUAUACUUCUGUACAAGUUAUUUUAUGAUCAAACUGAGGAAGGGAUGACUCAGUUCCUCUUGAAUUUGAUGAAAACGUUUGAUAUUCACAAACAAUGCAAAAGUGAUCUUGCAGAUUUGGUAGAAAUCAUUCACAAGGUUGUAAAGUUAAUGGACAAUCUUCAAUCUCGUGGUACAUUAAGGGUAUCAAGGAAAUCAAGGAAAGUGAAAAAGAAGAAAUCUUCUGAAGGAACAGAAUCAGGGAAUAAACCAACUGGAGAUAAUUCUUGCAUUGGAAAUGAAGCUGGCAUCCCUAUUGGCAACCAAUUACCUGAAAAUCAGUCACUGCAAAAGGAAAACCUUCCGAGUGCAAAUUCCACUGGGGAAGACUGUGUUAUCCCUAAUGAUAAUGAACAUCAAAAUAUUGUUGAAAAUGGGGACUCCCAAGUUGGUUCAGAACCAGUGCAAAACACAAAUCCUGAACAUUGUAUUGAGGAUAUGUUGGAUGAUACUGGUGAUUUUUCUGAAGAUGAGCAAUUUAAUGCAAUUAGUGAAGUUGAUUUCAAUGUUUCAACGCUCGUCUCUGCCUUUGUAAAUCACAACAUUAUUCAGAAAUUAUGUUGGUUGCUCAAGUUUUAUAAGAGCAAUUCUCUUGCUAUAAAUUAUUACAUAAUAGGCAUGUUGCGGAGAAUAAGUGAUGAUCUUGAGCUGCAUCCAAUGCUCUAUCAGUUGUCACUGCUCACGACUUUUUAUGACAUCCUGGUUGAACAAAAGUCAUGUCCCUGCAAGGAAUAUACAGAAAUUGUUGAUUUCCUGACCAGUUUGGUUAGAAAGAUGCUAAAGAAAAUGAAAAAGCAACCCCUCCUGUUUGUGGAAGUCCUUUUCUGGAAGACCCGAAGGGAAUGCCACUACAUCAAUGCAGAAUAUUUGUUGGAUGAGCUUGGUCAUUUGAAGAAAAAACAUAUAAAUGGGAACGAUGCUCAAGGAGAUGGAGAAAUUGGCUCAUCCCCGGUAAAUGUGUGGACUCGUAGAAGCAUAGCUGAUGCACUUGGUGAUGAUGAAGCUGAUGUUGUGAUCUCUCAUGAUUCAGGGUAUCAAAACCAUGAAGAAAAUAUUGAUGAUGUAAUAGAAGGCCUUGCAUCCACCUCAGGCCAAGAUGAUAUUAAUGGGGAGCAAUUGGCGGCUGAUGAAUCUCAAAUAGCUCCAAGGAGAAAGAAAAAACUUAUUUUAAAUGCUGAAUUGGAGAGAGAAAUUAAGGAUCUCUACGAAAGAUUCAAAGAUGAACGAAAUUGCAGUCGAUGUAUUGCUGAAGUGCUAGAUCCAGAUGGUAAAAUUUCACCGGCUCAAAUUUCCAACACAUUAAAAAAAUUAGGGCUAAGAGUUUCACCUAGGCAAAAGAUUGGUGAUGCGGAGAAACCUUCUUCAACAAGCCGUAAUCAAUUAGAGGGUGGUGAUGGAACAGGAGUUGAUGAUCAUAAAUCAGUGAACUUGGAGGGAAGCCUGUCAGUGCAGCAUCUGCAGAAAAGAAAGAGAGUUCGUGCUUUCAAUGAAGAUCAGGAAGCUAUGAUCAAAGUUCUGUAUGAGCAAUUCAAGGACCAUAGAAGAUGUAGUUACAUGAUAGCCAAUGCACUAGAUGUGGAUGGUAAAUUUACACCUGCCCAAGUCUCUCGAAAACUUAAGCAGCUUGGUUUAUUUGUUCCUAAGAAGAGUUCUAAAGGCAAAAUGCACCCAAAUAGUGAGGAUCUUAUGGAGUGUUCUGAAGAUAGAAUAAAUGAAUCUGAUGACGAGACAUUGAUAUCAUUGAUAGAAAGGAAAAAGGUGAAUAGCAAAGGAUCAAGUGAACAGUUACCUGAACAGACCAGUGAGGAUAGAUUGUCAAAAGAUGUUUCUGAUGAUGAACUACUGAGCUCUGUUCUCAAGAAAAAAAUGAAGAGUAGAGUAUCAAGUGAACAAUUCCAGGAACACAUCAAUGAGGAUAAGUUGACAAGAGAUGAUUCUGAUGAUGAAAUGCUCAGCUCUGCGCUCAAGAGAACUAGGAGAUCUGUUCUUAAAUCAAAGCAUGAUGAGCUGGAAACCAUCCAAAUUCAGGACAGAAUAAUGGACAGUGAUUCUUAUGAUGAUGACAUGAAAGAGGUUUCAGAAAGUGUCACCAGGAGUGAAAAACGGAUAGGUUUCAUGAACUCCCAACAAGUUGAAUAUCAACAAGUGGAUGAAGGCUUGGUAGAUUCAGAGGAUGAAGUGGCUGCUAGUGCAGCUCCUGACAAUGCUGUGUCCAGAAGGAAGCUGAGAAUGGUAAUUGAUGCUGAGGAUGAUGACUAAGGUGGAAGCAUAAUUAGGGUCCAUGUUGCUUCCAAUUCCUGCAAAUAUUUUCUAUGUAAUUGAUACUAUUUCAAAUUGGAUCCUUUUAUGUAUAUUCAUUCUGGUUGAGGUCCCUAUAGAAGUAAUUUUAUCUUUUCAA